GUUGAAUUGUAGCCCCCCGGACCAAAUAAGGACGACGCGGGACUCUGUGCGCCUUAAAUCCGGGCGUCCUUUUAUGGGCCCUCGCGUCUCCACUAUGCGGGGCCCUUAUAAAAAGUCACAUUUGAGUGCGCACAACACUCGUACGAACACACUCCACGGGUCGCUGCGAACUAAGUCUCAAGGGGCAGAAAUAAUAUAGAACAACCAAAAUGUGUGACGAUGAUGUUGCGGCUCUUGUCGUUGACAACGGUUCCGGAAUGUGCAAAGCGGGCUUUGCGGGAGAUGAUGCCCCUCGAGCUGUGUUUCCAUCCAUAGUGGGUCGUCCCAGGCACCAGGGUGUGAUGGUCGGUAUGGGUCAGAAAGACUCCUACGUCGGAGAUGAGGCCCAAAGCAAAAGAGGUAUUCUAACACUAAAAUACCCAAUCGAACAUGGUAUAAUCACUAACUGGGACGACAUGGAAAAAAUCUGGCAUCACACAUUCUACAAUGAACUUCGCGUCGCUCCAGAAGAACAUCCUAUUUUAUUGACUGAAGCACCACUUAACCCCAAGGCCAACAGAGAGAAAAUGACUCAAAUCAUGUUUGAAACCUUCAACACACCCGCCAUGUAUGUGGCCAUUCAAGCUGUACUAUCCCUUUAUGCAUCUGGUCGUACCACUGGUAUAGUACUGGAUUCUGGAGAUGGCGUUUCUCAUACAGUACCUAUUUAUGAAGGUUACGCUCUUCCUCAUGCUAUUCUACGUCUCGACUUGGCUGGUCGCGAUUUAACUGAUUACUUGAUGAAAAUCUUGACUGAAAGAGGCUACUCGUUCACCACAACGGCAGAGAGGGAAAUCGUCAGAGAUAUUAAAGAAAAACUUUGCUAUGUUGCUUUGGACUUUGAACAAGAAAUGGCCACUGCGGCUAAUUCAACAUCUCUGGAAAAGAGCUAUGAACUUCCCGACGGACAGGUUAUUACCAUCGGUAAUGAAAGAUUCAGGUGCCCGGAAGCAUUGUUCCAACCUUCAUUUUUGGGAAUGGAAUCUUGUGGUAUCCACGAGACAGUUUAUAACUCUAUUAUGAAGUGCGAUGUUGAUAUUCGUAAGGAUCUUUAUGCUAACACGGUACUUUCCGGAGGUACUACAAUGUAUCCAGGUAUUGCUGAUCGUAUGCAAAAAGAAAUCACUGCCCUCGCACCAUCGACCAUCAAAAUCAAGAUUAUAGCUCCCCCCGAAAGAAAGUAUUCCGUAUGGAUCGGCGGCUCUAUCUUGGCGUCGUUGUCCACCUUCCAACAGAUGUGGAUUUCGAAACAGGAAUACGACGAGUCCGGCCCUGGAAUCGUCCACCGUAAAUGCUUUUAAAAAGCCGUCAGUUCAGAACCACGAUGUGAUCUUUCUUAUUAUAAUUAUUGAUUCAACUAACAAGUCGUACGAUGCUCUCUCAGGUCGUAGCACUGCCCCCAAAGACUUAAUGUUUCUUUUCUUUCAGUUUGCGAAAUGAACAUACAUACUAUGUACUAACAUUUUGAUUUGUAUUAUUUAAAUUAAGAUUAGGAGAUUAGAUUUUUAAAAUACACUUACAUUAAAAAUAUUUAUAUUAAAUUUUAUUCAAUACAUUUGGAUUUCUAAGAAGAA